UAAUUAAAAGAACAAUAGACUAAUUAAGAGCUCCUUCCCCCAUUUCCAUCUUGAAUUAGCCAUUUUUCCUCUUUGAUUGUCAGAAGAGCGGAAGUUUUCAGACGCUGCGAAUAGAUGAUUUCAAAUAAUCGUCUUGCUUUUGAUUGGUGAAAGAAGACCCAUGCUUGGUGGUGAUUGGGCAACUAAUUAAAGCAGUGCGUUGUGAUUGGUCGUGGGGUGUGGUGCAUUGAGACGUGUAGUGAAGAGACUAAAUAUACACCAGGGUGGUGUUGAGAUAAGGUAUCACAUUCAGCACUGAGCUACAAUUCGUUCUUUGAAAGCAUCUCUAUAGCAUAUACCACACGUAGGUCUAACUCUUCAUAUAUAACCAUGAUGGCCACUCGCUCACCGAAAAAGUCUACCACUACAACAGCCACCAUCCACAACACUGUGUUAAACACGCCUAAGGUCAGGAUGAUACCAGAGAACAACGCCACCAAUGUCUUACAUCGGGCCAGUUUUUCAAUGUCUCCGGUGGAGCAGAAGAAGCUCAAACCAGCAACCCCUCCUGAAAUCUUGGCAAUGAGGGCACAAGGUGACAGAAAAUGUGAAAGUUGGAUUACGGGAUACAAUCGCCGAAAAUGAAUCAAAAACUUUCAAGAUCCUUGCUCACUGCACAUGGACAGCUAUCUCCUUCACCACCACUCACACCAGAAGUCGCGAUUAUCGGAUAUUCUCCAUCGAGACCCCCAGUUGUCCGCCAACUGCGGAGGCAGAAUGCAGUCAUAGAAGGAGUGACUACCCCAAGGGGAACAAGCAGACCUCCAUCUCCAUCAUCCUCCUCGGGUCAGAUGGAAGUAGACGUACCUGAAAAGGUCCUAGAAGUCUCCAGAAACUUAGCAGAAAGCGAGGAGAUGGAGGUGGCUGCGGAGGAAGAGGAGGAGGAAGAGAAAGACGACAGACUAGACACAGAUGUCAGAUUGCAGGAGACGGUGACGAUGGAGGCGAAAGACGGCAUACAUUUUCCUGUAGCACCUGUCCUACACUGUAAUAGCCGUCAAGGCACUUUCGGGUCUUAUAAACGAGGCGGUGCAUCAGUCGUGCACAGGAUGCAGACUCAACUAUCCUAGCCAGAAAGACCAUGAGGACUGUAUGUGGUUAGAGUGGUCAGACAAGACAGACAAGUAUUUCGAUGAGGCCAUCACCAAGCUCACCGAGGAACGAUACUUUUGCAUCGUUAAAUUGGUUUACAUCGCAAUCGUGAAUAAAAUGUUUGAGGAGGAGUUGGACGCUUGCGUGCAUGGAAGGAGCCACACAUUCGUUCACAACGAACUGAAAAAGAAGGACGUUUUGUCAAUCAUCAUGAGCAAACUAAAGGAGCUUUAACCGGAAAUUUUAAAAAGUGGAUUUCGUUUACCCUUUUGAAGUCAUGUAUCCACGUUGUUUGUUUUUUAAACAAAAAUUCUUUAUAAUGUAUAGGUUAAAUAAAAGUAGCAAUGACGAUUGCGAAUGAAAA